AUGGAAUGGGAAUUCCAGGUACAACAUACUAAAGAUGUUAUCAAUAAGACUGCUUGGGACAGGCGCUCCUCAUCGGUCGCGCUGCAGUUUGACCAUUCAAGGAGCAGCUUGUGUGAGCACUUCAAGGAAAGUGGGGACAUGAAGCUCAUGGACCCCUCUAAGUGUGUGAUGGGCAAGACUGGACAGAGUGACCUGUGGAGGAAGUUGCUGAAGCACAUAAGUCAUGACAUUGUGGACACCCUCAGCUGGUCGCCCAAAACUCAGCAUGACCUCAGCUCCUUCCUGAAUACAAUAACUGUGGUAGCUCUCCUCAAGAAAGAAAGGCGGGGUUUUUUUGAGGGAUUUUUUUUUAAGGACCUUAUUUGUGAAAAUGAUGAGUGUGAGCUUCUUCCUUCCCACCUUCAGGAGGAUGAUGGAAAUAUGGCAAUGAGGGAUGUCCAUGAGGACCCUUGAGUAAGACAUAACCCAUCUACCUUCCAACCCAACAAUAGGAGUGUGAAGUGGAAUAAUGGAUACCAAGAGAGAAUUCGUCCAGAGAGAGAAAUGGAGAACACACAGGAUAAAGACAGAGAGAAGUGGUUCAAGAUCACAAUUCCUCAUGGGGAAAAGUAUGACAAGACAUGGCUAAUGAGUUCAAUCCAGAGCCAUUGCACUGUCCCCUUCACCCCAGUUGAUUUCCAUUACUUCAGAAAUCGAGCACGGUUUUUCGUCCAGGAUGCCAGUACUGCCUCUGCACUGAAGGAUGUCAGCUACAAGAUUUGUGAUGAGGAGGACCAAAAGAUACCUAUCUUCAUUAGUCCUUCUGCUUUUUAUAGUGCUGAACCUUACUCUGUGCAGAGUAAGUUGAAACCAGAACAAAUGGAGCAGCUAAAGCUGACCAUGACCAAACGAUACAAUGUCUCCCACCAAGCUCUUGACCUCCAGAAGCUCCGCUUUGACCCAGACUUGAUGAACCAAAAUAUUGACAUAAUCCUGAAUCGGAGAAACUGCAUGACUGCCACCCUGCAAAUAAUUGAAAAGAAUUUCCCUGAGCUAUUGUCUUUGAACUUGAAUGACAACAAAUUGUAUUGGCUGGACAGCCUGUCUGACAUUACAGAGAAGGCCCCCAGAGUCAAGAUUCUGAACCUUUCCAAAAAUGAGCUGAAGUCGGUGCGGGAGCUGGACAAGGUGAAAGGGCUGAAGCUCCAAGAGCUAUGGCUGGAAGGGAACCCCUUGUGCCGCACCUUCCCAGACCGAUCUGCCUAUGUAAGUGCCAUCCGGGAUUGUUUCCCCAAGCUGUUACGCUUGGAUGGACAGGAGUUAUGUCCACCAAUUGUUGACAUGGGAGUCCCUGAGAUAAUAAAACCUUGUAAGGAAAGCUAUAAAGGAUGUGAGAUCCUGAAAAGUCUGGUCCUACAGUUCCUAUUGCAGUAUUUCUUGAUCUAUGACUCCGGAAACCGACAGGGUCUCCUUGGUGCUUACCAUGAUGAGGCCUGCUUCUCUCUUACCAUUCCCUUCAACCCUGAGGACCCAGGCCCGAGCAGCUUAUGCAAGUACUUCAAGGAAAGCAGGAAUAUGAAGACGCUCAAGGACCCUUACCUACAGAGGGAGUUGCUAAAACACACAAAACGUGACAUUGUGGACACCCUCAGCAUGUUGCCCAAAACUCAGCAUGACUUGAGCACUUUUGUGGUAGACAUGUGGUUCCAGACUGAAACGAUGCUCUGCUUUUCUGUCAAUGGGAUAUUUAAAGAAGUGGAAGAAAAGUCUCAGUGUCCUGUUCGUGCCUUCACCCGAACCUUCAUCUUGACACCUGACAGAAAUUCUGGUCUAUGCAUUGUGAAUGACAAGCUGUUUGUGAGGGAUGCCAGCUCCAAGGAGACCCAGACCACUUCCUUAAUUCCAAUGCCUACACCCUGCUCCAGUUCUGCACCCACCCAUUCCCAGGAACAGAAGGAAGAGGUGAAGGAAUUCUCCACUCAGUCAGAGAAUCUUGAGUGCUCUCAGAAUAUCCGUCCGCCCUGUGAAGUAGAGCGGAAUUCUUGUCGCCAAAGAUUGAAACCCGUAUGCAUCCCAGUUCGGGAAAGAAAAAUGAUCCCGCCUCUGCAUAGUCCUGCAGCGGAAACAAGCAGAGUGGGCGGGACCGAGCUCUCUGACGUAAGCAGAGCGGGGCUAGGCAAAGCUUGUGAUAUCACUCCGCUCCCAGAAGCCGGAACCCCUUCAACUACGCAGCAUCUCCUCCUGCGGCUGAUUUCGGUAACCCGGACGUGGCAGAACGUCAUCUUCGGAGGAAAAGGUCGAUGUUCUUUAGUCACCACAUACCGGUUCCUGAGGAGCUCUCAGAACGGGAAAGAAAGGAACACCAAAGAGUGA